AUGCCAUUUCAUUCAUCGCAUUAUAUUCUAUUCCACUCAAUGCCUCGACGUCGACCGAUACUUCGCCCCCGUCGUCCCCGCAUGCCCUCGAGACGGAUUCGGCGCAUGCUCGCCCGUGCGUCUUCCGGCCGCGAUGUUGGGCGGCGUCGGCAGGCGGCGCGCCUGCGCCUCGUCCUGCUGGUUGCCGCGGACGGUGGUUCUGUUGAAUUCGGUUCUGCUACGAAAAUUGAUGGAGAAAGUUGCUCUUCCUUCCUUUGUUGUGGCGAUGUCGGUUCCGUGAACGCAUCAUGA